AUGUAUGGACUAAGGAGGGAGUGUGUUUUGGAGGUUGGGGGGGCGGGUUUCAAUUUGAGGGCCUAUAAAAUAAUUUCAAAAAAGCAGAAAAAUGUUCACAAAAGAGAAAGGCACGAUCAGGACAAAGCCACUAAUCUGCAUCCAUUUCUUCGAGUGCAGCUUUUGCUGCUGAUUUGGCUUCCUCUAAUAGAUCAUCCGGAACCUUGUAAUGGGCACCAAUCGAAAAGACUUUACACCGGAAUACAUGCUCUCAAGCCAAAGCCAAAGUUCAAAACUGGCGCUAUUUCUGAGUCUACCACUGCCCUAAACAUUGGGCAGAAAAACACCGUGAUCAAGAGUGUAGACCAGAAGAAUGCAGUGUCAGGUGCCGCAGCCCAACUGCCUUCUCCAUUGGCCCCAAAAUUUGAAAAUGGUCAAGAUUUUCCGGCAGCUUUAACUUCAUCAACUGAGACUGGCGUUUCAGUGUCACAAAAGAAGGAAGUUGCUCUUGCAAAAGUUCCGACAGACAAAAAGAAGAUGGAUGCAAGAAAGAAAAGCUUGAAGAGAUUAUAA